GAUUUCUAUGACUUUGAAGUCGUUGACAUCCAUGGUAACAAAGUAUCACUGGACGAAUAUAGGGGCAUGGUGACAUUGGUGGUAAAUGUAGCUAGUGAAUGUGGUUAUACAGACAGUCAUUAUAAGGCUUUAAUAAGACUACAGAAUGUCCUUGGUAAACAGAAUAAAUUUACAGUUUUAGCCUUUCCAUGUAAUCAAUUUGGUAGUCAAGAACCAGGUUCAAGAGAAGAUAUAAUCACAUUUACUAGAGAGAAAUAUCAUGUCAAUUUCCCUGUAUUUGAUAAAGUGAAUGUUCUGCCUCCACAUGUAUCAGAACCAUGGGACUAUCUCAUACGUAAGUCUGGGGCAGCUCCGAAUUGGAAUUUUUGGAAAUACCUACUUGAUGAAAAUGGUCAAGUAUUAUACUCUUGGGGACCAUGGGCAUCAGUUGAAGAUAUUUAUAAACCAAUAAAAGAAGCAGUUGAUAAAAUU